ACAUGGCCCCUGGAAGAUGCCAUCUCCAGCAACGGUUUCAUUUGCAGCGUUAAACCCGAGAUUAAACUCCUUUGCAUGGUUAGCCUUCGUUACUGUAAGUGUACUAAAGUUUGGAUUCCUGACCCUGAUGAAGUUUGGAGAUCAGCAGAAAUUAUCAAGGAUUACAAAGAGGGAGAUAAAAGCCUCCAUCUGAAACUUGAAGAUGAAAGUAUCUACGAAUGUCCUGUUGACCCCCAAGGAAAGGAGCUGCCGUUGCUGCGCAAUCCAGAUAUCCUGGUUGGAGAGAAUGACCUGACGGCCCUGAGCUACCUGCACGAGCCUGCAGUCCUCCACAAUCUCAAAGUCAGGUUCCUUGAGUCCAACCACAUCUACACAUACUGUGGUAUUGUCCUCGUUGCCAUCAAUCCAUAUGAGCACCUGCCAAUCUACGAAGAUGAUGUCAUCUACGCGUACAGUGGCCAAAACGUGGGGGAUAUGGAUCCUCACAUCUUUGCAGUGGCAGAGGAAGCCUAUAAGCAGAUGGCCAGGGAUGAGAAGAACCAGUCCAUCAUUGUGAGUGGAGAGUCAGGUGCUGGAAAGACAGUCUCUGCCAAAUACGUCAUGCGCUUCCUUGCAACCGUCGGUGGUUCUCCCAGUGAGACCAACAUCGAAGCCAAAGUCCUUGCGUCGAGCCCCAUUAUGGAGGCAUUUGGAAAUGCUAAAACGACAAGGAAUGACAACAGCAGUCGCUUUGGGAAAUACAUUCAGAUCGGCUUUGAUAAAAGAUACCGCAUCAUUGGUGCCAAUAUGAGGACAUAUCUGUUGGAAAAAUCACGAGUUGUAUUCCAGUCAGAGGAUGAGCGCAACUACCGCAUCUUCUAUCAGCUUUGUGCCUCUAUGAAUCUUCCAGAGUUCAAAGACCUUGGACUAACUUGUGCUGAAGACUUUUUCUACACUUCUCAGGGGGGUGACACAUCUAUCAGUGGUGUGGACGAUGCUGAUGACUUUGAGAAAACCAGGCAUGCCUUCACCCUGCUUGGAGUGAAGGAGUCUCAUCAGAUGACCAUUUUUAGGAUAAUUGCUGCCAUUCUGCACCUAGGGAACUUGGAAAUCCACGUGGAAAGCAGCAAGGACACUUGUACCAUAUUGAACGAGGACGAACACUUGAACAACUUCUGUAGCUUGCUGGGUGUGGAUUACAGCCAGAUGCAGCACUGGCUUUGCCACCUCAAGCUCGUCACCACGUUUGAGACCUAUGUGAAGAACAUGUCCUGGCAGCAGGUGGUGAACACCAGGGACGCCCUGGCCAAGCACAUCUACUCCCAGCUCUUCAAGUGGAUCGUGCAGCACAUCAACAAGGCCCUGCACACCUCCGUCAAGCAGCACUCCUUCAUCGGCGUGCUUGAUAUCUACGGAUUUGAAACUUUUGAAGUGAAUAGCUUUGAACAGUUUUGUAUCAACUAUGCGAAUGAAAAGCUCCAGCAACAGUUCAACUUGCACGUGUUUAAGCUGGAGCAAGAAGAGUAUAUGAAGGAGGGAAUCCCUUGGACUCUCAUAGACUUCUACGAUAACCAACCCUGCAUCGACCUUAUUGAAGCAAAACUGGGUAUCUUGGACCUACUGGAUGAAGAGUGCAAGGUUCCCAAAGGCACUGACCAGAACUGGGUGCAGAAGCUGUACAACCAGCACACCAGAAGCCAGCACUUCCAGAAGCCCCGCACGUCCAACACCUCCUUCAUCAUCCUGCACUUCGCCGAUAAGGUGAAAUACGAGAGCGAGGGAUUUCUGGAGAAGAACAGGGACACCGUGUAUGAGGAACAGAUCAACAUCCUGAAAGCCAGCAAGUAUCAAAUGGUAGCAAGCUUAUUCCAAGAUGAGAACAAUGCUGCACCAUCCACUUCCAUAAGAAAGGGAACAGCCAAACUCAGCAUCCGUUCUACAAGACCAGCCAUCAAAUCUGCCAAUAAGGAGCACAAGAAGACAGUGGGGCACCAGUUCCGCAACUCGCUGCAUUUGCUCAUGGAGACUCUGAAUACCACCACCCCGCACUACGUGCGCUGCAUCAAGCCGAAUGAUGAGAAGCUCUCUUUUAAAUUUGAUCCGAAGAGAGUGGUGCAGCAGCUGAGAGCCUGUGGAGUGCUGGAGACCAUCCGCAUCAGUGCUGCUGGCUUCCCAUCCAGAUGGUCCUACCACAACUUUCUGAAUAGGUAUCGUGUUCUUAUGAAAAAGAGAGACCUCUCUAAGAAAGACAAGAAGCAGAUCUGUCUCACCCUGGUGGAAGAACUCAUUAAGGAUCCAGACAAGUUCCAGGUUGGACAUACCAAGAUCUUUUUCCGUUCAGGCCAGGUGGCAUAUCUGGAGAAAGUGCGAGCAGCUAAGUUGAGAGCUGCCACGAUCAUGAUUCAGAAGACAGUGCGGGGCUGGCUACAGAGGGUCAAGUACAAAAGGCUGAGACAAGCUGCAAUCGUCAUCCAGCGCUACACACGUGGGUUCCUGGCGCGGAGGCUUGCUGAGCACCUGAGGAGGACGAGAGCUGCCAUCAUCUUCCAGAAGCAGUACCGAAUGCUGCGGAUCUUCCGAGCUUUCCAGGGGAUCCGCAGCGCAACCAUCACCAUUCAGGCUUUUGCUCGGGGCAUGUUUGUCAGGAGGAUUUAUCACAAGAUCCUCGUGGAGCACAAAGCCACCAUCCUCCAGAAGUACGCCCGUGGCUGGCUGGCCCGCACUCACUUCCACCGAAUCAGGAGUGCCACCAUCGUCCUGCAGUGCUACUACCGGUGCAUGAAGGCCAGGCAGGAGCUGAAGGCACUGAAGAUCGAGGCCCGCUCAGCUCAGCACCUGAAAAAGCUCAACAUUGGCAUGGAGAACAAGGUGGUCCAGCUUCAAAGGAAGAUUGAUGAGCAGAACAAGGAAUACAAGCUUCUGAACGAGCAGCUCUCUGCCCUCACAUCUGCCCACUCCUCCGAGGUGGAAAAGCUGAAGAAGGAACUGGUGCAAUAUAAACAGAGCCACCAGGGUGAUGACAGCCAGCUUCUCAGCUUUCAAGAAGAGUUGGAGCACCUCCGGCUGGAGCUUGAAAAAGCUCAUGGCGAGAGGAAGGUUGUGGAAGACACCUACAUGAAGGAGAAAGACCUACUGAGAAAGCGUAUAUCUGACUUGGAAGAAGAAAAUGCUCUCCUGAAGCAGGAAAAAAGCACGUACCUGUAUCAAUAUGAAGACGGAUUUACACAAAGCAUGAUUGAGGAAAAUGGCCAGAUGAAGAAAGAGCUGGAAGAAGAGAGGUCUCGUUACCAGAACCUGGUAAAAGAGUAUUCGAGGCUGGAGCAUUCGUAUGACAACUUGCAGGAUGAAAUGAUUCUUAUGAAGCAAACAGCAGGGCACAGAAGAAGCCCAUCCAACCAAAGCAGUUUAGAGUCCGACUCCAAUUACCCAUCCGCAUCGACCUCUGAGAUAGGAGACACCGAGGAUGUAAUACAGCAAAUGGAGGAGAUUGGGGUGGAGAAAGCUGCUAUGGACAUGACAGUUUUCCUAAAGCUACAGAAGCGAGUGAGGGAGCUCGAGCAAGAGAGGAAAAAGCUGCAAACCGAGAUAGAGAAGACAGAGCAAGUGAGCAAGACAUCCCAGAGGCAAGAGCUGGAGUCAGAGAACAAGAAGCUGAAAAAUGAACUAAAUGAGCUGAGGAAGGCCAUUGCAGAUGGAGCAACCCAGAAUAGCUCAUCCAGCGAUGUGCAGGACAGGUACAACCUCCUACUGAACCAGCUGAAAUCUGCCAACGAGGAGCUGGAAGUGCGGAAGGAAGAGGUGCUCAUCCUGAGGACACAGAUUAUGAAGGCAGCCCAGCAGAAAGGGACAGAGAAGAACACGGAGAGCAUCCCCACCGAUGCCAGCUGGCCCAACAGUGACAAGCACAUUGGUCAGGAGGACGCGAUUGAAGCCUACCAGGGGAUGUGCAAGACAAACCGCAAGACUGAGGACUGGGGAUAUCUUAAUGAAGAUGGAGAGCUCGGCUUGGCUUAUCAAGGCUUAAAGCAAGUUGCCAGGUUGCUGGAAGCACAGCUCCAAGAUCAGAGAAGAGAGCAUGAGGAGGAGGUAGAAGCUCUGAAAAAACAGGUGGAUGCAAUGAAAGAAGAGAUGGAGAAACAGCAGCAGGCUGUCCUGCAGACCACCCUGCAGCUGUCUCCAAAGGUCCAGGUGGAAUUUGGAAUUCAGCAAGAAAUUACACGUCUCACCAAUGAAAAUCUGGAUCUUAAAGAAAUGCUAGAGAACUUGGAAAGCAAUGAAAUGAAGCUAAAGAAGCAGCUGAAGUUUUACGUGAAGAAGGUCAAAGAAUCCCAAAGCCCAAUACUGGCGGAAGGGUGGCAGCACGAGAGUAAAAUGCAAGCUGUUGUCCAGAGGAAGGAGAAAGAUUUUCAGGGCAUGUUGGAAUAUUUUAAAGAAGAUGAGCCACUCCUCAUCCAAAACCUCAUUAUAGAUCUCAAGCCCCAGGCAGUAUCUGCUACUGUUCCCUGCCUUCCUGCCUACAUCCUCUGCAUGUGCAUCAGACAUGCGGAUUACAUCAGUGAUGACCAGAAAGUGCACUCCUUGCUCACCUCCAGCAUCAAUGGCAUUAAAAAAGUGCUGAAGAAACACAACAAUGAUUUUGAGAUGACGUCAUUUUGGCUGGCAAAUACUUGCCGCCUCCUGCACUGUUUAAAGCAGUACAGUGGAGAUGAGGGUUUCAUGACACAAAACACACCUAAGCAGAAUGAGCACUGUCUGAAGAACUUUGACCUGACUGAGUACCGCCAGGUGCUGAGCCACCUCUCCAUCCAGAUCUACCAGCAGCUUAUCAAGGUAGCAGAGGGCAUACUCCAACCCAUGAUCGCAUCUGCAAUGUUGGAAAAUGAGAGCAUCCAGGGGCUCUCCAGUGUCAAAUCGAUGGGCUACAGAAAUCGCUCCUCCAGCAUGGCAGAUGGUGACAGCUCCUACAGCUUAGAUGCAGUCAUUCGCCAGCUGAACAUGUUCCACAGCAUCAUGUGUGACCAGGGACUGGAUCCGGAGAUCGUGCAGCAGAUCUUCAGGCAGCUAUUCUACAUGAUCAGUGCGAUCACCCUGAACAACCUCCUGCUGAGGAAGGAUGUCUGCUCGUGGAGCACAGGCAUGCAGCUAAGGUUUAACAUAAACCAGCUGGAGGAGUGGCUGCAUGGGAAGAAUCUGCAGCAGAGCGGAGCAGCACAAACUUUGGAGCCCUUGAUUCAGGCAGCACAGCUUCUACAGCUGAAAAAGAAAACCUCAGAAGAUGCUGAGGCCAUCUGCUCCUUGUGCACGUCACUCACGACCCAGCAGAUUGUCAAAAUACUUAAUCUCUACACUCCUAUGCAUGAGUUUGAAGAGCGUGUGACAGUAGCUUUCAUACGAAACAUCCAGACACACUUGCAAGAGCGAAAGGACCCUCCGCAGCUGCUGCUGGACUUCAAGCACAUGUUCCCAGUUUUGUUCCCGUUCAACCCAUCCUCCAUAACCAUGGAUUCAAUUCAUCUCCCUGCUUCUCUCAACUUGGAGUUUCUCAGGAAAGUCUGAAGAAAGUCUAAUUAAGCCCACCUCUCCUACUCGGAGACUGCCAGCGAAGAAAGAAAAAUCACAAAACAGAUUUUAGACACUCUUUAUGGACCAAACAGGCUUAUGGAAGAACCAAUACACAGUAAUACAUGGAUGCUAAACCAUACAGUAAGAAAGAGACUGAUCUGUAUGUGAUUUUUGGGUAAUUUGCAACUUGGAAUAAGGAUACUUGAAAUGUAGACAUUUUUUACUGCUUGAUUUUAUGUUGACAUAGUUCAAAGCCCAUAACCAUCUCCAAAAGCCACUAACAAAAGAGAAGUGUGAGUGGGAGACAAGUUACUUCGAUCUUAUAGGUGUCCAUGAAGAAAUCACAGUUAAAUAAACAACAAAAUCUGAGACACGCUGCCUUGAAGGACAUGUAAUUUGCCUAAUAGCUAGGUGGUUUUGUAUGUAUUCAUAACGGGACAUGCAAUUCUGCCUCCUGUUCUUGCUAGUAACUGUAUCGUGGUACUUGAGUUGAGAAAGUAAACUGCAGAAGGUGCAAGUGUGUAUUAAGGUAACGAGCUUGGAUGCUGCUUGUUUCCACUGGCAUGGAAUUUGUCACAAAUUCUGUGUUUGAGAAAUGCUGGUGCUUUUCCUAACUACAUCCAGUACAUCUGCUUCAUGUAAAUUCAAAUAAAUUGGCAGUUUGGACUUUCUUCCAGCACCAGAUUUACCUUAGUCACUUGAAAAGGUUUUGUCCUACUGAAAUAAUCUCAAGGCAAGGGACUGCUUUAGGCCGUCUGCUUCUAGUAUAGACAGGCAUCAUCCUGAUCCCUACUGUUGGCUUUCCUGUGCUUUUCAAAGCCAAAAAUUUUCAUCCAGUGUCUGUCAAGACUCUUAGACCUCUUACAUGGCUUGUAUCAGAAAGCAGCCCAGUUUAAUCAUCAGGUCUCCAGUCCUACUUAUGUUCAGUGGGCUAGUCCUAGCCAUAGCAGUCUAUGGAAAAAUCUGUUCAGUGCAGUAGCCAUCUGAAAUGUUACCUAUUGUGAUGAAAAAUACUAACAAACAAACAAAAAGUUUUAAAACAAGAGGGAACGGAUGAGCAAUGAAAUGUCUUAACACAAACAAAGCUGUAAGAUAGUGGGUUAGUCUGUUUCUUUAAGAGCAAACAUGAACUCUUUGUCUGCAACAACCUUAAACGUGUCAGUUCAAUUCAAAUUCUGUUAGGAUUUUUUUUUUUUUUUUACAAUACAAACCAACCCUCUGACCUCGCCAGGUGAACGCUGAAAGGGGCCAGCCACUCAGAAAAGCAGUCACUGAUUUUGCUUGGUACUUACCAUGUGGUGUGGAAUCCCCAGUUGCUGUGGAGCUAUGCUUUGCCAAAGUGCAGCGAGGAUGACUGGCAGCAGCGAGCAAAAGCCAUGCUCAUCCCAGCACAGUGAGCAUUUCUCCCUUGCCACUUCGCUCCCUUCCGCUCGGUCUUGUCCAAGCAGAUCUGAACUUAACCUGCUUUUGUGGUUGCGGUUCCUGGAGUCUCAGCAAUUCUCUGCCUCUGACUGUGUUUAGCUGGCGUAAAUCAUACCCAAACAGCAGAUCAAUUUAUGACCAGGUGACCUGUCUGCUCAGAGGAUUAAAACAGAAUAUGAAGUCUUUUUAAAGAUACACUAAAUCCCACCAUGCUGCAGUCACUGUUUUAGACAAGGAGUGCAUUUUGAUUUAGACAUAAUGUAUAUAAUGUAGAUACAAACUGUAAUAGUCCUGUAUGUACUAUACAUGUAUAUUACUAUCCCAAAAGCACAUUUUAAAAGAAAAAGUUGUGUGCUGUGAAGAAUUAUAUUGGUCUAUGCCAUUAGGUAAAUACCUUGUUCCAAGCGGACUAUGGUUUAGUACAGCUGUUACCAGUGAAGGACAAAUUUAAGGCCGUUCCCUAGGAAGAAGUUAUCUUUUCUCCUGAGCAUCACCCAGCUAAUUACAGAAUAAAAUUUACUGCUUGCAGUACCAGCACUACCUCCAAACUCCAGUCCUUGAGCACUUGCAUCUACAGCGUAUACUCAGUAGUGCCUUCAUCUCCCCUUCAUGCACAAGGGUAACACCACCAUCUUGCUGUCUGUGCCUAGCAAGCCCACACUCUUCUCUCAGUUGCUCAGCUACAAUAUUAUUUGUUAUACCUACCUCUUUUCAGGUUUUGCAAGUGAAUGUUUUUGCAGUGCUCCAAAUUUAAUUUUUUAAUUGUAUCUUGUCUCUUUUUUACAUGCUACAGUAGUCAUCACAGGUUUUAAAAAAAAAAAAAAAAAAAAAAAGGCAGAAUUCGGUCUUUGUAAGGCAGUUUUAACAUGGAGCCAUUUAUCAGAAUUCAUCUUAGGCCAGCAGUUUCCUCUCAGGCUCUCUUCAGGUCUCUACCUCUCUCUGAUGUAAACUAUUCAGAGUACAGUUCCCAGCAGAUUGAUUAAACCAAUGCUUGUCAUUCAGACUAAAUGACAGGUUGCUCUGCAACAAUUUCCUUGCUGAUCUCAAUUAUAAAAUGUGGCUUACGGCCUUUUAGGGGAUAAUGGUCCUUCACUGGCAUUUUCAGGAUCACAAUUUAUGUGUACAAUGAAGAGACUUUCUUAAAAACUCUAGGUAUGUAUAGAUGGGAACGGGGAUUUAAUGUAUUGAUCUGUGCUAAUGUAGUUUAUCCAUUAAAAUCCAUCUGGAAGAGGACUCUGUAUGAAAUACCUUUAAUACAUGUUACUUUUUCUGCUAGCAAUUUUUAAAGGGUUUUUUUAAAUGUUAAUUUUGUUAAAUUGCUGUGCUCAAGCAUGCCUUUCCUCAGAUUGGCACUUAUUUAAAAAGCAAAUUUAACACAAAAUGUGGCUUAGAGAAAGCUGGUUGUUUUCCAGUCCUGUUCUUAGUUUUAUUAUUAAGCUGAACAUUUUCCCACUGUGUGCCUUUAGCUGUUACUAAGGUAACUGACUUUUCAACCGUUGUUCCUCUGAAACAAGUGUUAAAAUGUGGGAAUAUUUUAUUGUUCUGUCAUCAUAACCUGUUUGUGGAUUUUUAGGUCUGCUUGCAAAAUGUCACUCUGAGGAGGUCUGCAGAAACAAUAAGAAAAAAACAAUACUGACUCUUACUGAUUUUUGUAUGUAUUAUGUAUCUCAGAAAAUUACUAUUGGGGAUAAAAAACAAACAAACACCUAAAAAAAACAAAUCACACAAAACACCAUCACUACAAAACCAACUCUUCAAAGGCAAGUUCACGCAUCUGCCGUCUGGUCUACAGGAAGCAUCCAGAACAACUUAUGUGCUUCAUUUUCACCAGAAACUUGCUUUUUUUUUUUUUUUCUUUCAUUGGCAUUUUAUAGCUGAGGUUGCUUAUCCUUCACCUUGUAAAGCUGUUGUAGUCCUUGACUGUAGAAAACAACAUCAGACCUCAAGACUGAAUUAAUGCAAUCUUACAUCAUAAACAUCUUUUGCUCAUGUGAUUUAUUCCGUUUUAACUAAAAGUAUGAGCGAAACAGUAACAACAUGUGGGCGUGUUUCAGAGUUUAAGCAUAGUGGCCGCCUUUCCUGAUGCUGCAACUUAAACGCUGAAAUCACAUCACCACUAAAGUCUUUGCAAGGUAUGACCUUCCAUUUGUGUGAUUUGGAAAAAAUACAAGUGAAAAAGAUGCACUUGAAACAACAGGUCAUUCCUCCUCCAUUUUAAAAAAUGAACAAAACUGUGCAAACCUAUUCUUUCAAACCAUAUUUAACUGAAAAUUAGCAUUUUGUCAUUGCAUAUAAAUCUGAUUAAAAUUAAUUUUUUGAACUGCCAUGAACCUUUUUACUCCAACUUUGAUUCACAUGUGUAUUACAGUCAUAAUUUAUUUUUUUUUCCUGAAAGAAGUUCUAGCAACGUAGAUGGUAAGCAAAACAAUCCGGAGGACAUAGUCUUCAAUGAGUACACAAUUGAUAUCAAAAUGUAAAUGCCAGUUGACAAAAACUUCAAAAUUAUGUGAAAUUAGAAGAAACACCAAAUUAUCCAAAUAUGUGCUACUACACUGCAAUGUCUGGUUUGUUUGAAGGUUGGGGGGGGGGCUUGUGCAGUCUCGUUAUGUUAACAAACAGAAGCUAUAUAUGCUCUCAGAGAAGCUGAAUGAUAGACAGGAGUGAAUACUCUAGAUGAAAUACUACUGCUUAUAAAAUAUUUUUCCAGUUUGAACAAAAUCUGUAAACUACACCUUUAUAAGAAAAUGCUUGUAAUAGUCACUCUAAUAUUGAGCUGCUGAUGAAAAAAAAAAAAUAUUGUGAAAUAAACUUUUGAAGAAAUUGUGACUUUUGGUCAAAAAUGGGGAUGUUAAAUAAACCUUUCAAUGUUUACUUCUAUGUAUUUGAAACAUUUCUAUUUUAAAAAUAAAAAGGACUUUGCAAACACAAAUGAACAGUCUCAGAGCUUUUACUUAUGAAUUUUGAAGUUUUAGAAGUUAUAACUUAAUUUCAGAGGUGCUUAAAUAUUGUGAGCUAAUUAGAAACCGCGUGGGGUAUCUUAUGGCCCUGAAGGCAGUUGCAAAUGAAGGGAGAGGAGGGGAUGCAGUGCCGGCCCCUGUGCAUGGGCUUAAAUAAGGUUUAGUCAGUGGCAGAGAAAGAAAAUUCAGUAAAACCCUCUGCUUUUUUUUUUUUUUAAUACAAAGUUGCAUAUUGCUGUACAUACACUGAUCUCCAGAUUCAUGAAAUCAUUGGAAUUAUUGUAGGGAAAGCUGUUGCAAGACUGUUUUAAUCAAAAAUGGGAUUGCUUGCAGGAAAAAUUUUUUUCUUCUAGAGAAGUUAUAAAACCUAGACUGCAUCAAUGAAGGCGUAUGGCAGCUUUCAUCUGGAC